AGGUUUAGAAGCUUCCAGUUCCAGACCCCCGAAGUCCAAUCGACGAUGAGCUCCACCGGAGGAAGCGGCGGCCGCGGGAAGGCGAAGGCGACCAAGUCGGUGUCGCGCUCGUCCAAGGCCGGGCUCCAGUUCCCCGUCGGCCGCAUCGCGCGGUACCUCAAGGCCGGCAAGUACGCCGAGCGCGUCGGCGCCGGCGCCCCCGUCUACCUCUCCGCCGUCCUCGAGUACCUCGCCGCCGAGGUGCUGGAGCUGGCCGGGAACGCGGCGCGGGACAACAAGAAGACCCGGAUCCUGCCGCGGCACAUCCAGCUGGCGGUGAGGAACGACGAGGAGCUGAGCAAGCUGCUGGGCACCGUGACCAUCGCCAACGGCGGCGUGCUGCCCAACAUCAACCAGGUGCUGCUCCCCAAGAAGGCCGGCGGCAAGGUGGACAUCAACUCGGCCUCCCAGGAGUUCUGAGCGUCAUCGGUAGAAGGCGAAAGGGGAACGGUUACCCUGUAUCUGGCUGGCAAUAUGUUGCCGUGAAGUUGUCGAUUGGGAUG